UAACAGGCCUCUAUUUGCAUUGUAAAUCGCUUCCUUCUCACGAACGACUCUUUAGCCUCUAUAAAGACGUAAAGCCAUCAGCAAUUUCCAGCGCAGUGUAAGGAGGAAGAAGAAGAAAAAAAAAAAUUCCAUUUAGUAGAAAGUAGCAAGAUGAUUCGAGGAUGCAUCUCUUGAUCCCUUUAUAUUAUGCACAGAUCCCUUUAUAUUAUGCAUAGAUCUCUUUGCCAAAUGGUGGCAGCUUGAUUGCAAAUAUCUUGCGUGCAGUGUGUAUUUUAGAGGGGGAAGAUCCUUGCUUUCUCGGGGCUCCCAGAGCUGGGGAGAAGAAGACGCGGUCUUGCCGGCUGCUGCUGCCCCCGGUCUGAAAGAAGGAGGAAAGGGCCAUCAUUGGAGGGCUUUCAGUGCCAAAAUGCGGGCCAGUCAGGCAAGGUCAAAGGUCCUGGACAGCGGGAGACCAAGGUAAUGAUGAUGUCAUGAGAAACCUCAAGUACACACGGCUAUUGAUAUGCAUGAGCGACCAGCCACCGGCGCCGGGACCGAGCCCGGUCUCGCCUCCAGCAUCGCCGCCUCCGCCGUCUUGGCGCGGGGGAUCCGCCCGCCGCUGUCACCUUCCUCCUCCUCGGCAGCGCAGACCGCUUCAACAUCCAGAGGCCGGGAGGCAGGACGCUCUCCCCCGGGGCGGGAAGCAGCCUGACCGGCCCCGGGGAGAGCAGGGGAGCCCCGAGGAGCCCGCGCUCCUCUUCGGGCAGCCCCCGCCGGUGUGCAGCGAUGCCGCGGCGGGAGCGGGGCCUGGUACUCAGAGGCCGGGAGCAGGGCUGUGCUACGCAAGUGAAGAAAUGCAUGCUGAUGUUACUCACGGAACCAACGAAGGUCUGCAGACACCUGUGACAUAAAGAAGAAAUAUCCUGCAUGGAUUUUUUAAGAAUAAACAGUCUCUAUUGACUUUAAAGAGGAAUGCUUAUGAUUCUCUAAUCAUUGCAAUGAGACCCCCAUCCUAUCUCCAGCAUCCCCACCUUCUGUGUGGAAGACACACAGGAAUCCCCCUUAAGCUGCUGUGAGGUACCUAAGAGGGCGUAGUGUUACAUAAAUUCCAUUUUCACACUAAAUUAUGGCAGAAUUCAUGUAGAGUUAAACCACCAUGGCAUACCAGUACAGCCCAGGCCACCUCUCCUUGUAGAGCAGCAUCCCUUUCCUCCCAGCCAGGUAAGUCACUUGACUGUCUUGCCUUUCAAUAAAGGUGCCUCAUCUUUUCUUUUGUGAUCACUAUUUCAUUUGACAACAACUGCAGAUUAUACUUCUGUUAUGUUAAACCUAUAGUGUGCAAAGGGAUAUCUACCACAAAUUACAAACUAAAAAAAGUCAGAUUAUUAAAAAUUCAGUCUCAGAAAAAAAUA